GAAGAAGCAAAAGAAGAAGAAAAGGAGGAAGCGAAUGAAAAUUAGAAAACUAAGAAGGCUCUUCAUUGAAAACAGAAAGCCUUCAAAUACUUGGGCUGCUUUGUUUUUUUUUUUAAAUAUAUAUAUACUUGUGUAUUUCCAACAUGGAUGAUAAGCGUGUUCGUUAGUCGCACACUGUUGAAGAGGGAGCUGGCCGCAAGUUGCUACAUUGGAGCGUGAAAGAUGUCCUUUCUACUUGAUGACACGGCAGCGCACGAAGCUGUCAAAGACAGCAACCCUCUCAGGAUGGCACAAGACGCUCACAACGUGCGCCUGCGUGUGGACCUGUCGCGGGUGUCGAGGAAGGAGCUGGAGGACAACUUCCUGCAGCUGCACGACGACUCUCUGCUCCUCAAGCAGCACAUCCACCAACAGGAGGACAAGAUAAGGAAGCUGGGCACCAAGUUGCUGAGGCUGGUCAAGGACCGCCGUCGCAUGGAGCAGCUGGCCGGGGAUGGCGCGCCGCCGGCGUCCGGGCGGCGGGACGCGGAGAAGGACGACUUGAUGGACGAGUUCCAGGAGAAGGUGCGAGCGCUGGAGACUGACAACGAGAGGCUGAAGCAGCGUCUGUUUGUGGCCAAGCGGCAGCAGCGGCCCGUCUGCUCGGCCGCGCGCUCUCCCCUCGUGCGUGGCCAAACGCGCGUCGCCACCGCCCCCGCCCCCGGGAAGCACGACGACGCCUCCUCUCCUUCACUCACCCCACCCAGACGCGCAAGGAGCUCGGCGGGAGACGAGAGGCCGCCGCAGGCUCUGCUCGAGGAAGCGCGGGAAAGGACUCGAAACCUAGAGAACGUGAUCGAGUCUCAGCAGCGUCGCAUCGCUCAGCUGGAGGAAGAGAAACACGUGACGCUCCAGCAGCAAAACAAGUCGGAACUCAGGUCGCAGAUCAACAACAACGUGACGAUGAUCAAACUGCAGAAGCAGCUGGCGGAACGAUGCGCCGCCACGAUGGAGCUGGAGGAACGCUUCCUGCAGCUGCAAGAGAGUCAUAACACGCAGAAGGCGUGUUACGACGCGGCGGCGGCCAAGAUGGCCGAGCUGAUAUCGCAGCUGAGGGAUGAGCGUGCCAAGGGCGUGGAGCUCAGGACGCAGCUGCAGACGGCGCAGCUGGCGCACGCCAAGACGCAGCAGUUGCAGGAGCGCUUGGACGAGGUGGAGCAGGAAAAAGCGCUGUUGAAGGAGCACAACGAGAAACUGCUCAACAGCAUGUUCGACGGUCCGCAGCGCUGGAGCGCUCAGGAGCAGCGGCUUCAGCAGCACAUCGCUCACCUGGAGGAGGCGCUGCAGGCUGACCUGCAGGACAAGAAGACCAUCCUGGAGCAGGUCAAAGUUGAAAAAGACGCCAGGGAGAAGCUGACGGAAGAAAAAGGACAACUGGAAGACCAGCUGGCCCAGCAGAAGCGCGAGACGGAUGAGCUGCGACGCCGCCUGGACGUCUACUGCGGGGCGGACGGCUACGAUGGUGAGAAACUUGCCGAGGCGCUGCUGCUCGUUAAGGCGCGUAAUUCUCAGCCGGGCGGAGAGUCGAGCUCCCGGCAGGAGCUCCGAGACCAACAUCAAGACGCUCACGUCGAGACCGUCGAGGAGCUGGAGAAGGUCAGGCGGCUGCUGACCUUGGAGAGCCGCAUCAGCAGCGACCUGAAGGCGGAAUUAGACAGCGUCCAGAAGAAGAUGGAGUCCGAUAAAAAGUCGCACGCGCAGCAGCUGGAACGUCAGCUGCAGGUUUUGGUCGCCAAGGACUCAAAGAUGCACAAACUGGAAGCUCAGCUACGGGACGUGGCCUACGGCGUCAAGAACGUUGGCGUCGCGGGCAACGCUGCGGAUGAGAACCAAAGUCCGCCGCUGGAACGCGGAGAGAACCUCGUGGAAGUUCAGAUCGUCGGCGCCUCCUUGUCGGAGGCCGCCCUGGAGGCUUUGGGCGACCCGGCGCCGUCCACCUUCUGCACCUACGCCUUCUACCUCUUUGAGCUGCACUCCACCCCUGUGGCGACGGGCCCGGCGCCGCGCUACGGCUUCACGUCUCGAUACGCGGUGAGCGUCGACCGGGACUUCCUGGAGUAUGUCGGCAAACGGCAGCUCCGCGUGGAGAUGCAUCAGGCGCUCGGACUCCGGUGGAAGACGGUGGCCAGCGCCGCGAUGGACCUGCGGCGCCUCCUGCGAGACGGCGCGGCGGCCGGGACGCUGCCGCUGCUGGGAAGUUCCGGUGGAGACCCCUGCUUCGGAUCGGUGGAUUAUUGGAUCAAGUUGCGACAUCCCGUCGGUGAGCCCGAGAGGCUGGCGGCGACCGGCGGCCGCGACGACCAGCAGCGGCACGAGAAGGAGCUGCUGGUGGAGGUGCGCGGCUGCGGCGGCCUCCGCUCCAGAUGCUCGUCGCUGCCGAGUUCCUACGUGGUCUACAAGUUCUUCCACUUCCCGGACCACCCCACCUCCACUGUGCCCGAUUGCCGCCGGCCCCGCUUCGCCGAUGUCCGGUCCUUCUCCGUCACGGCGGAUAGCGCGCUGGAGCGCUACCUCCGGUCCGAAGCGCUCAGUUUCUACGUGUUCGACUUCAAGGAGCCGCAGAUGGAUGCGUAUUUGGGAAAAGCCGCCGUUCCCCUGGCGCCGCUGCUCCGGGACCGCCACGUCGCAGGGACCUUUGACCUCCACGACUCAGCGGGUCGCCACGUUGGGCAGAUUGACGUCGCGCUCAAGUGGAAGUUUCCUGUCCUCCAAAGUGCAUCUGCGCUCGAACAGGAAGAGGACGUGCCAGGCAGCCCAUCAGAAAGCCGGGUGGCGACGCCCGCGCCCAAAAAGGACCAGCGCAAAGACGAGCUCGUCCCUAAGAAGGUCACCUUCAAAGAAGCUCCGCCCCCCGAGCCGCAGGCGGCGCCCGCGAAACCUGAAGAAGACGAAGAUGACGAAGAGUCUUUGAUCUCAGAAGGUCAACUCCUCCUACCUCAUCCGACCCUCACCUCUGACCCCCAGCGCCACCUUCCUCACGACGGCGGCCAAGCGGAGUCAUCACGCCGCCAAUCCGAGGCGGACGUCGCGCGGGUCGGCCCCGUCUCCGCCCCGCCGCCGGAGUCACGCGUCUCGUGUGCUCAGGAGUCGUGGCAAGUGCGCGUGGAGGUCACCAGUCUCAGCCUGGAGGCGGAGUCUCGCUUGCGUCGAGACGUCGACGUGGUCCGCCUCUUCGUGGAGUUCGCCUUCCUCGACUUGCCCACGGAGGAAACGCCCGUGUCCCUGCCCAAACCUCCCCCGGGGGAAAGCGUCAGCUUCGACUUCAGUAAAGUCUUUCCUGUGGACACGGCCGGCGGCGCUUCGAGGCGGCAACUUCUCAAGGACGUCCUGCGAGGACGAAAGGCCGACAUGCAGAGAAUUUGUUUCACGGUGGUGAGCGAGCCGCCGGAGGAGGAGGAGCAAGAGCGGGAGUGCGAGGAUGUGGGCGUGGCCUACCUGAACAUUCCGGACCUGUUGAAGCAACCGCACGACGUGGCCCAUCUUCACCUCCCAGUUGUGGACGUGGAAGAUGGCGUCUCGCUGCUGGGCGCCUUGCGUGUGACCUUUGAGGGAGUCCAGACGCUGCGCGCCCUCUUGGACGAGGCAGACGGCGACAUAAGCGUCACCUCGGUGGUCGUGUGACGGGCGAAGGCGUCGGCGUGCCUGACGGUUCUUCGCUCACCUUUGACCCCGGGUGUGCCCGACUUGGAAAGAAUGGAAUCCCAUUUGACAAAAGGCCCAAUGUGAUCCAGAUCCGAGUCUCAAAAUCAGGAGCUAUGUGACGUGUUCAAAUAGUUUCUUGGUUUGGUUUUAAUGUAGUCCUGAUUUCAUGUGAAAUAAACCAAAAAAAAAAAGUC